ACUUUGUUGUUUCAAAUCUGUAAAAAAUAAAAAAAACAUACAAAUGCAGCAGAGACAAGUAGUAGAAGAUUUACCUAUUCAUGUUGUGCUGUGUGCAGCUUUGAAUGCCCCUGCUUGUAUACACUGGAUUUCUCCUGUCCAGCGCUCUUCUGGGCUAAGGUCAUCCUUUUGGAAUCUAUAAUCCGAGCUAUAUGAGGACCCAUUACUUUCCCCCUUUCUUCCUGCAAUAUGUGCCUGCUGCAGAGCAGAGGCACACCUGCACAGGUGCGUCAUAAUUUCAAUGUUUUAGUGUACAAUUAAAAUAACUGUUCUCACAUCUUUUGCCAAUUCAGAUAUUUUCAAACACUCCAAAUAACCUCAUCAGUCAGCAAUACGUUGCAGCUGUAUUAUUUAAUGAUAUUUUAAUACAAAGCGAGCAUGACUGACAUAUGAUGAAACAUGCAAAAAUGAUACCAGAUGAUGCUUUUUCAGUAAUGUCAUAGUGGCAUCUAGUGGGCAGGUGGAAGAAUUGCCAAACCAUUGACUCACCAAAUUAAGAUUUCAGUACAAUGACUUGCAUUCCUAACAGCUGCAAUAAUUGUUACAUAUGAAGUACUACUACAAUAAUGUUACUGCUACCCCACAAGCAACUCUGUGUCAAUAUUUUACAUAUGCUAUUACACAGACACCUAUUAGAAAUAUCAAAUCGAUUUCAACAACAUUUUACUGGAUCUGUGUAUGAGUUCAUUGCAUGUCUGCGGCCAUAAAUUUGAAAAUCUGAUGCUUGUGUUCAUUUUAGAUCAUCAAAAUUGUUGGAAAAUUUGUGAAAGUGACAGUAAUACAGGACCUGCAAUUUGAGCCAUGUCUUUCGAUGGCCAAGUCACAUUAUCCUCCCUGCAUGCCAUCUCUGUCUAUUUUUAACACUCACAAACUCCUGACAUCCACAUCCAGACAAACUUGAAGUGACUGGACUGGGAGCUUCUGGAGAUCUGUGCUUCAUUAGCACUUGGGAUGCUUGAUACUGCUGGGAAUCCUGCAUAAAUGGGAAGGAACAGGAACUCUGCUGUACGACCGCACAGGCACUGUGAGACAUGCUUCAGCCGGCGCUGCAGGGCCCCCGUGGAGAUCUCUGUCUCCUGUGUGAUCAUCAGCUGCCGCCUGCUCUGUGGAGCUGUCUUCCACUUGUGCAAGGAGGAGGAGCACCAGCUCCUCUGCCCCAAUGAGAAGGUACCCUGCCUCAAUGCCCACUUUGGCUGCCCCUUCACCAUGGCCCGCUCCAAACAGGCCCAGCACCUGGAGGUGUGCCCAGCCAAUGUGGUCUGCUGCUCCCUAGAAUGGAACCGCUGGCCUGUGGAGGAGACAAAUGCUGUCUAUGACAAUGCCCUGAAAGAGCAACAUUCUGAGGAGCAGCUGAAUCUGUCCAUGGCACUCAGGGACCAGAAGCACCUUUUCAGCUCUCUGAAAAUGAAUGCCCUUUUUGCUGAGCUAAUUGAGAAGAUAGAGGAACCCUGCCCUGUGGAAGUGGCUGGGGCCGUGGGCGGCAUGGCCUCAGAGGGUUGUGUGGCACAUCAGUCAGGCACAUCCCUGUACUUUCUCCCCAACGACCCAGAAAUGCAAGAGCUGACCCAGGAAGAGCGUGAGGCUCUGGCCAAAGACAGGGAAGUGGCAGGGUUGGAGAACUACACCUUGUGGGAGAAAAUGUUCAGCAUGGAGAAGAGUGGCUGUGACUCUGCUGUGCAGGCUCUGGCCAAUGCAAAACCUGAUGAGAAGAAGACAUUGUCACAGCAAAUUCCAACACUACAAGAAGUGUCUCAGGAGAGCUAUAGCAAGGGUGUCACCAUGCUCACUGAUGUUACCAAAACAGACCAGGCUUCCUGGCAGGAGGGCACCAUCAAUAGGCAAGGGAAAGGGCACAGUAUGUCAGAUAACAGUGGGUACCUGGAGCAGAAUGGGACCAUGAUGGUCGAAAUUGGCCAGGUUACCCCCUGUGUCCCCAAACCGAAGCACUUUGUUUACGCCUACCUGGCACCCAUGCAGAUCAAAACUGUCCGAACCUUUAAAAUCCCCACCAGCUUCCAGGAGAAGCAGGGCCGCAUCCGGAACCCUUCAAACAUCCGGAAGAUAAGCAAAGCUGUGGACACGUCCGAUUUGGGAAUCUGCAUGGAAGACAUUCCAAAAUGUGACGAGAUCCAAGCAACCUUGCUGUGUGCUUUGGAGAAGGAGCUAAAAGGGCAUCUGAUCUCUGAGCCAAGUUCAACAGACGCCCUGCUUUCUGAUAUAGGAACCCAGACCUAUCACUUCCUCUCUGCGCCAUUCAAGCAAGAUGACUCCCUAGCAGACAUUGUGGCUGACAGGGCAUUGAAGCUGCAUGUACAGAUGGAGGCUGAGUGUGUGACCAGUCGGCACAACAAGGUGAGCUCUGCGUUCACAUUCUUGUGCGGCCAUUUCUACCGAAGGGAUGAGUUCCCCGCACACUUCAAGAAUGUUCACUCAGACAUCCAGUCCGGCCUGAACGGCUGGUUCGAGCAGCGCUGCCCGCUGGCAUACCUUGGCUGCACUUACAGUCAAAAGAGAUUCCAGCCUUCCACCCACAGAGCCACAGUUACCUACAACCAGGAGCUUAGCACCUUCACCCUCAGACCCGAGGUCUCUCCCUCACUCUAUCAGGGAGUAAAAACCAUCACCACAGAAAGAAAGCGUGCCCGAAAUUUGGACUCGCUCAGUAGACUGCCUUUUGAGGUCCUUGUGCACAUUGCUGGCUUCUUGGACAGCUUCACUUUAUCCCAGCUGGCCCUGGUCUCCAGGCUAAUGAGAGAUGUCUGUGAGACUCUCCUGCAGGAGAGGGGAAUGGUCUCCCUAAAGUGGGAAAAAAAGACAUACGCUCACGGAAGGUCCUGCUGGAAAUCCAGGAAAAAGGUGUGGCAGUUCAGUAACCUCUUCUCUACGGUGGAGAGGUGGAGCUUUGACAACAUCCCUUCCAUGUCCCAGCACCUGAAAGUCUGUCCCUUCUACAAAAGAGAGGAGAAGAGGCAGCCUUCAGCCCUGGCCAGCAUGUGUGACCACAAACAGGAAGGAAAGAAGCAUGACAGCCUUGUUGCAAUGUUUCUCAGUAACAAAUGAUGUUUUGGUUACAAAGAGAGAGAGGCUGCUACAGGGAAUAUAUUUAUAUAAAUGUGAACUCCAUAAUGUUUUGGACAA